GAUGUCUCAUGUGGACACAUUGGUGAUGGUAACAAACGAAGUGAAGAUAGCAACACUUGCAACAGACCUCAGAGACCCAGUGCACGAUAGUCGAGUUGUCUGCGCUGCUGGUGCAGGAGAUUCCAUUUGUGGAAUGCAUGUUUUCACCUCCGCGGCUUCGGAGGUCCACAGGUGUCGCGACCACAAAGCGACAUCAGUCCGCGCGUUUGAUAACGUGACAGCGACUCUUGUUGUUCACGAGAGUG